CCCUCCUUAUCACAUGCCCAACCCAUCUCAACCUCACUUCUCGCAAAUUAUCCUCCACUGAAGCUACACCCUCGUGUAGUUUGCGAUUCUAAUUAGUGCAAGCACUAGACACAAUUUAAAAAAAAAAAUAGAAAUGUUCUUAUCAAACCAAAAACCCUUUCUAAAACCCCCUCUCCCCUCACAUUACCAAAAUCUUAUCUCCACCAAAUUUUCAAACUAUCUCCAUGGCUUCAACCAAAAUCUUAUUCCCUUCACAUUUUCAUCCAUUCUUGAAUUCAAAUCCCAAAUUCACAUUCCCAAAAAUCAAAUCUUUUUCACUUUACUCCAACCCUUUUUGCAUUACAUGUUCCAAAAAGGUAAAAAGAAGAGGAAAAUUGAGGUACCCAUCAGAGAAAAAGAAGCUAAAACAACAACAAGAAGAAGCAGCUAAAUUUUAUGCUGAAAGCAAAUUUGAAGGGAUUUGGAGGCUUUCGAAGCUCACUGUUUCAGUUGACAAAGAUCCUGGAAAAGAUUUCUUGGGUGUUUCUGAUGCUUUGCUCGAAGAAAUUGCUAAAGUUCUUGAAUUUCCGGUUGCUUCAAUGUUGCCACAGGAGUCAUUUAAAGUUGUUAGAAAAUCUUUUGACGCUCGCAAGUUGCAAAAGGAACAGAAGUUUGUAUAUACAGUUGAUGUGGAUGUCCCGAAACUACUAAAUUUAGAGCCUCGUACUUGGGAAUUCAUAGCUGAAUUGGAACCCAAGGUUGGCUUAGUUGAGCAUUUGCCUCAUGACAGAACUUCUGGUGACAUAAUGAGCAUAAUACAUGCUUGCAGAAGUCAGGAUGCAACUGCUUCAGAACACGGAGAUCAAAAUCUCUGCAACGGAUCACAUGCGAAUGCAAGUUACAGGAAACCAAAAGUUGCAGUUGUUGGUAGUGGGCCUGCAGGGCUGUUUGCUUCCCUUGUGCUUGCUGAAUUUGGAGUAGAUGUUACACUGAUGGAAAGGGGAGAAGCCGUUGAGAAAAGGGGCCGUGACAUUGGUGCUCUGGUUGUUCGACGGAUAUUGCAAGAGGAGAGCAACUUUUGCUUUGGGGAGGUUAUAUCCCGAUUCACUUAUUUCCUUCAAAGGCCAUAUAUUAAAAUUCUCAACAAUUACUUUUUACCUUGA